AUGGACGAGGAGACUCCGAGCGAGUGUAUCUACAACCUGCUCCCUCGGUCGGAGCCGCCGCCUCGCCACCCGCUCACGUAUCAUUCAUUGCAACGGAAAGUUGUACAAAAAGACUGGGAUAGUAAGAAAUCAACACACAAAACAAUGGGGUUACCCAAAGUUGAGCCUCCUUGCCCAAAACACCACCUAUUGAAGCAUUCAAAGGAACAAAAGCUACCAGAAAGGAAGCCAUACAAAGUCCCUGUAGAAGGAAUAAAAUCCUCUAUCCCAUCUGAAAAGCCAAUAAUGGGACUUCACACCAAGAAAAACUUUGUUAAAACCAAUAUAGUUGAUGUUCAGAUGUUGGUGCCCAAGAAACCUGUGCCCAUCCUUGUCGAUACCAGAAGAGGAAAUAAAAUGUUAUUGGAAUCAUCAGGUCUUCUUCCAACGCUCCUGUACAGAAAGGACUUUGGUAAAGUUCCAGAUUAUCUGAUUCGACGGACUAAAGAGGAGAAGAAAGCACAAGAAGAAUAUGAUGCCUAUGUAAAGGAGCGUAUACGGCAAGGUUCCAUGAAAAUGUUGACUGAAGAUGAGCGGAACAGUGUGUUAUCGGGGCUAAAGCAGAACUGGGCGGAGUUGAAUCAUGCGUAUCAAAGUCUUUCCAUUUUGAUAGAUACUAUUUCCAAGCAACUCCACAAGGAACGACUUGAGACCAAAAUGAAAAAACUAGAACAGGAUAUUGACAUGAUUGAGAAACAUAAAUUUAUCUACGUUCCACAAAAUUGAAUGGUUUCUUUUUUCUUUUUCUAAUUUUUCUUUUUCAGUCAUAAAUUUAUGUACUUGUUUUGAAAAAAGUAAAAUGCCAUAUUAUGCAUUGCAACAUUUUUGAUCCUAGAAGUAGUUGCCCAUAUAAAAGUCCAUAUAUUUCACACUUGAAUGUAUUUGAAGAAAUUAUUACAUGACAAGUGGACAACAAUGUUACAAUUUAAAUUCGUUAUCAUCACAAGAUUUUCCUUUUAUUUCAUUUGACGAGGAAUGUUGGAAAUGACAAUUGAAAUAUUGUAUUGUACA